CCCUCGCUUUUAUUUUGCAGGGCUCGCGCCCCCCUCACUUCCGCUGUGCCUCCACCUCCAGCGCGGCCCGCUUGACGCAGCGGCGGAGCACCAACCGACCCGAGGCAGCGCGGAUCGAUUCGGAGCCACACGGCGGUGGAUCGGGAUUAUGCGGCGACGCGGACCUGCUGGCUCGGCUGAACACUCGUCCUACUCAUCGCGUCCCUCAGCUGUGACGUCGCCUCGGUCUCCAGAUCUCUUCCACCAGCAUUUAGUCUGGACUGGCGGCCUGGCUGCCCCCCUUACAGUUGGAUGAAUGAAGACCCCAUUCAAGAGCCCACCGGCCCCGCGGCCCCCCCGACCAGACGGGGGACAUUCCGGCGUUUCUGCAAACAUGAUGAAGAAGAAGAAGAAGCAGAGGACCAGCGUUGGUCCCAGUAAGACUCUGGCUCCGCCAAGAAGGAACAUCGUGGGCUGCAGGAUCCAGCACAUCUGGAAGGAGGGCAGCAAGUCCUCCCAGUGGAAGGGGACCGUGCUGGACCAGGUCCCCGUCAACCCAUCCCUCUACCUGAUCAAGUACGACGGCUUCGACUGCAUCUACGGCCUGGAGCUGUACAGCGACGAGCGGGUGGUGGGCCUGGAGGUGCUGCCCGACCGAGUGGCUCCUGCCCGCGUGAGCGACUCCAUGUUGGCGGAGACGAUGAUCGGCAAAGCGGUGGAGCACAUGUUCGAGACAGAGGACGGGCCGAAGGAGGAGUGGAGGGGGAUGGUGCUGGCCAGAGCCCCCAUCAUGACCGCCUGGUUCUACAUCACCUACGAGAAAGACCCGGUUCUCUACAUGUACCAGCUGCUGGACGACUACAAGGAGGGAGACCUGCGCAUCAUGCCCGACUCCACCGCUGACCUGGUGACCAAUCAGAAUGACCCUGUCUCCCCCUCUGUAGACGACAGCGUGGCGGCGGAGCGGGAGCCCGGCGAGGUGGUAGACAGUCUGGUGGGCAAACAGGUGGAGUAUGCCAAGGAGGACGGGGGCAAGCGGUCGGGGAUGGUCAUCCACCAGGUGGAGGCCAAGCCCUCCGUCUACUUCAUCAAGUUCGACGACGACUUCCACAUCUACGUCUACGACCUGGUCAAGACCUCCUAAGACCAGGACCCUAACCCCCUCCGCCGCCCUUCCCCAAAAAGACUUACUGUGACCUGCUUAGACCCCCAGUGAAGAGAAACUACAGCUCCACAAACUAUUGAGAUGGAUGACAUCAUUGUUUACUCUUUGGAAGCCCCGCCCCCUCACCAAGACUGGGAAACCACACAACCAGGACUACAACCAAGACUGGGAGACUACACCAGUGUCUCCAGUCCUCUGUUAUUCAUCAUAAUGGUCCAGACUUCUUUAGACCCUGUUGGGAACGCUUCCUCGUUCCCGAACCCCAAAGAAGACUAGCGACCCCGUCUCAUUUGGAAUAACUGAAACUCGGUUGGACCCGGUCCCGAGGAGACCCCAUGCACCCCCUCAUCUUUCCUGAAACCCUGUCAGUCCUCCGGGUUGAUGAAGGGGCGGGUCUUCAGUGAGCUGAACCACUCUGCUGUAAGGGGUAACACGGGAGGGACUGUGUCCAAUCACAGAGCGUCGUACUGGCCCCGCCCUCUUCCUGCAGGUCACCUGACGAACUGAGACGCUUAAAGUCUGAAGAGAGAAAAAAGCCCAAAGGACACGUUUCGUUACGUCUUCUUCUGGUUCCUACAUUACCCAGAAGGCCUUCUGGCAGCAGGCGGACGCUAACAUCGAGCUACGCGUUCUGGACGACUAGGAUGACGGCAGAGGAAUAAACAUGUUUUUAUUUCAUGACUUCGGGACGAAGGAACGCAGAACGUACUUUUGGGGAAUCGGAGAUCAAUGUCGGAUAUUGAUUAUUUGUUUGUGACGUUCAUAAUCUGUAACAUUUACUGUUUAUAACUCACCGCGAUGUCGUUUCAGUGCAUCCGAGUGUUUAUUCAUGUUCACUAUUCGUCACGUUCUCCAGAACCUUUAUUACACGUUUAUAAACGUUUAUAAACUAUUAAUGAAGGUUUUCCCAAAACGUUCCUUUGGCAUCUUCCUGAUGCAGUAUUGAUCCGUCCUGAUUGGUCCUGAGUUUCACUUAAAAAGCCCCGAAAUCACAGCGUGAUGGUCGACCUGUAGCAGCCUCCUCCCCUCCUGUCAGCUGUGAUGAAUCCAGUGUUGAUUUAGUGUUUUUAUAAAAGAUGUUUCCUUCUUAUCUCCGGCUUUCAUAUCUGUACAGUUUGUUUUGUUGAUAUGUUUAUACACGUUCUUUGUACAUUGUUCUUUUACAUUGUUCUUUUACGCUCUUCUGUCCCGUGUUCGUGACCCGGCGGUUCGAUUCCCUCCUGGUUCUUUUAACUGACUUGCGCUCCUUGUUUUUUUGGGGGUUGGAACUCUGUGGGUUGUGGAAGAGAACUCAAUCUCCCACAAUCCCCUGCUCCUUAGCUGAUGUAGCUCCGCCCACAACAGCGUGCCACUCUGCCGGUGACGUCGCCGUUAGCAACCGCUUCGCCUGAACCCCCCCCCCCCCCAAAACCCAGCGGCCCAUUCUGGAUAUCAAGCACCGUGGGUUCUCCGUCACAUCCGGUUCUGUUGACGUUCUGGAGUCGUUUGUUUAGAACUCUCCGGCUCUAGAUCGUAGAACCCGACCCGUCCUCCAGCCACGACUCUGGAACGCGUCUCGUUGUUUUUUGGUUUUGUUUUUUCGAUACAAAAACACUUAAGGUUCUGCUUCAGGUUCUAGAACCCUCACGCCGCUCACAUUUUUUUAUUAGUUCAUGUCCACAUCCCUUUAAAUAUUCUCGAUCUUGCUUGUGUCGUUUUUGAUUCUGCAGAACGUGUUCCUCGUGUUGUGGAACCACACAUGGAACCGCUUGUUGUGGAACCACACAUGGGACUACACAUGAAACCACUUGUGGAACCACACACGGAACUACACACAGAACUGCUUGUUGCGGAACCACACACAUGACCACACAUGGAUCCGCUUGUUGUGGAACCACACACAAAACCUCUUGUUGUGGAACCACACACACGGAACCACUUGUCUCAUCCAAAAAACACAAUCUUCAUGUUCUAGAGAGACAGGCCCUCAUCUCAGCACAUUCCACACCGCUCUAGAAUAUUAUAUAUAUAUAUCUAUAGAUAAAGUUCUAGAACGCGUGUUUACCCAUCAGAACCCGGCUUCUCGUUCUAGAACUCGUCUUGUGAGAGAAACAAGAAGAGAUUUAUUCACGACAUUUAAAUAAAACACAAACGUUCUCCGACCAGACCUUAAAAAUAUAUUUACAGAUCAACCGGUCUGCGAAUACACAAAAUGCACCUGGGGGGUAGACGAGGACCAGAGUCUAGGUGGACCUCCAGCCUGAGUGUGUGUCAGAGUGUGUGCCUGAGUGUGUGUGCGUGUGUGUUUUUGCAUGCCUAUAGCUCGGUGUAAAUCGGUGUGCGUUGCAUGUUCUGACUUCGUCUGUUGUGGCUUUGGAGCGCCUCUCGGUUUGUUGGUUAGGUUUUUGUUUACCCAUGUUUCCUUGGUGUCCCAGGCUGCUGCUGUUUGGGGUGUGUGAGCAAAGAGAGCAGAAGAACCUUUAAGAUGCCAUGUUGUACAGCGGCUGAAUAUUUACUGAAUAAACCAUCUUUCUGUGUUUUUCA